UGGAGUGAGAGCAGAUGUGCGUGUCAGCGUCCUUACUUUUUCGCGUUUUGGUACGACCUGGAGUGGAUUAUCAAAGACGGGAACGGAGUGAUUGCGUCUGGAAUUGACUGGAAUGGAGUAACCAAGACUGGAUCAGUGUGCCUUCAGAAGGGAGCCGAUGUGUUAGAGCUACACCAAGUGCCUCAUGAACAGUGCUGUUAAAGCAGCUCUUUGCUUUAGUUUUUUGCUAAUAAUGUCAAACGUGGAGACGACUGCAGCACGAUUCAAAUCGAUAGAUUAUGAGAUAAGUGGCCGAGUGCAGGGGGUCUGUUUCAGAAUGUACACAGAGGAUCAAGCAAGAAAACUUGGUGUUGUGGGAUGGGUUCGAAACACCAGAAGAGGAACUGUAGAUGGACAAGUGCAGGGCAAGGAAGAGCUGGUGGAAUUAAUGAAGCAUUGGCUGAGCAAAGUGGGAAGUCCAAGUUCACGGAUUCAUCAGGCAAAAUUUUCAAAUGAGAAAGAGAUCAGCAAACUGGAUUUUAGCAAUUUCACCACCAGAUACUGAGAGUGUGAUCUUACAUAAGACCUCAGCUCAGACCUGAAGCAGCCAUUUGGAAUCAUGUUAGCUUUCUUCAUGUUCAGCUGAGUGCCUCUAAUUGCAAUUAUGUUGUUCGUUGGAAAAGCUCUCCCUUCAUUGUUAAAUUUGCAAUAAUCUGCUAUUAAAGAACGACAUGUUAAAGCUUGUACUAAUAUACACAAGGAUCCUCCUCUGUAGAACUGCAAAAGAGGUUUUCUUUUAAAAGGUGCUGUUAAGAGUCCACAUUCAUCAUAUUAAAAAUAACUAUUUUUUCAGACAGCUGCCUCCAACUAUGGUAGUAAAGUGGGUUUAAUAUGCAUAAAUUAUUUUUAAAGUAUUUUAAUUUCUGAAAGCUUGUGCAAAUAUAAAAUGUAUUUAAAUGUUAUUUAAGAUGAGCAGCUAGUAAAAAUGUUUUAUUUAGACAGUUGUGUCAUUUGUAUUGGGUAGUAGAAAGCACAUUCU